AUAUUAUAUAUUUGCAUGACUGAAGCCCGACGAUGCGUUGUCGCUGAUCGUACGAGAGAUCGUACGAUUUUUAUAGUUUGUUUCGAUUGGAUAUUACCAACGCUGUACUUUCUCGUUGGCUCAUUGGCUUUAUGGCAAAUGUCGUAUCGUGAAACGUUUCUUCAAAUGAUUUACAUGUAUGAUGGUGAAAUAAUGGAUUGUGAUUUUUUGACGGGCCAAAAAUACAAUGAAGAAUUUGUGCAAAAUUUCUACAACGAAAUCCAGGAUAUGAAAAAACAUAAUAAAAUCAUCGGUCUAAAAGAGGAAUUAUAUCAUAUGCCAAAGUUUCGACGUUAUACACACCACAAUAUUCCAGAAAUAAGUAUGUCGAUGGAUGGUGAUGAUGAAAUAAUUGGAGCGAGGAAUCUCACCUAUCACCCAUUAUUCAAUCAAAAUGAUUUACCAAAGGAUUUACUACGAGUGAUAAAUUUUGACCGCAUGAAAUUGGAAUGCGAGGCAUACCAUCAGAAUGUGAUGCGACAUGUCCGCGAUCUGAACAGCGAGAAUGCCGAUGUUGUUCAAAACGCCACCGAACAUUUGAGCAGGAAAAAGCGAACAUUAUCUGAUUGGUUAAUUGCACCAAAUACAAAAUGGUGUGGCCGUGGUCAGACAGCUGAAAAGUAUAGUCAAUUGGGUGGUGCAUCAAAGGCUGACAAGUGUUGUCGACGACAUGAUCACUGCAAAUUCAAUAUUUAUGCCAUGACCACAAAAUGGCGUUUAUUCAAUUAUCGACCAUUUACAAUUAGUCAUUGUAGCUGUGAUAUGAGACGUCGUCGAGAUUUAACAAAUUUUCUACGGGUGCCCGGAACCAAAUGGUGUGGAAAAGGAUAUUCGGCAAAGAAAUAUGCUGAAUUAGGUGGACGUUCGAAGGCCGAUCGAUGUUGUCGGCAGCAUGAUAAAUCAUGCCCAUUCUGGAUAAUGGGCUUCGAAACAAAAUAUGGUUUGUUCAACUGGCGUAUUAAUACGCUUAUGCAUUGCAAAUGUGAUGAAAGGUUCCGAACAUGUUUGAAAAUGGCUGAUUCUCCGGAUGCCACAAUGGUUGGAAAGCUAUUCUUCAACAUUGUACAAACGAAGUGUUUCGUCUUAAAGCCGGAAAAGUAUUGUAAAUCUCAUUCAUGGUGGGGUGCCUGUGAGAGUGAGAGCGUUCGAAAACGUGCCCAUUUGCGGAACAAUAAAAAAUUCUAGACGGAAUAGUAUUUUAGAAAAUUAUUAUGCACCAGAAAUAAUUUGACCUCGUGGAACUGUUUACUGUUCACCCAAUCAGAACUCAAUAUGUUUUUGAGUGUUUUUUUAUUAUUGCAUUUCAUACAUCAUUGACCAGUGACCACACUUAUCAAAUGUGAUGAGACCGGCUAUAUAGUUUUAAAACAAAAAGGCCUGACCUAAUCAAUAUUUCAAAAUAAAUGUUCCAGACUUUCAUUUUUUACUAAAUAUAUUGCAAUGACACACAGCGUUCCGAAGGGGAAAUGAAGUGUGUAGCACACGUAUCUCGGCUCACGCAUACCUUCAAAGCUAUCAAAUAUUUUUAUUCUAUAGAAAUAUUUAUUGCUAUAUAUUUAGCAAAAAAUUAAAGUCUGAAAUGUUCAAUAUCAUCAAUGGCAUAAUUACUUGGCCUAUUUAUUUGUUAAAUAAAAUAAAAUGUGAAAACGAUUAA